AUGGCUUCCAUAGGGUCUCUGAUAUUUUGCAUGGACUGUGGAAACCUCCUUCGCGAGUCCUUCGGUGAUGAGAAUGCGAUUCUGAUCUGUGAGCUCUGUGGAGCCAAAAAUAAAGAUACUGCUUCGAAAACCAUCACAUCUGAAUCGAAACCGAACGCUUUCCCGUCUGCCCUCCGAACAAAGAGGUCCUCAGUACAGACUCUGACGGCAGAUGACAAAAAGGGCGAAGCAAUUGCCUCAGAAAGUUGUCCAGAAUGUGGUCGACCCGAAAUGAGGUACUAUACAUUGCAAAUCCGUAGUGCAGACGAAGGAACGACAGUAUUUUACACGUGUGAAGGAUGUGGACACAAAUUCAACACAAACAACUGA